AACCGCUGCACGGGUCCCCUGCUGGUCACCCUCAUCCUUUCCAUCUCUCAGAACUCCCAGAACGCCGAGAGGCCUUUCCCUCCUCUUUCUUCCUCGUUCUCGGUCAGAGAGACGAGUUGUCCGUCCCGGCGUCCGUGCGAGCGACGAUCGAGCUGGAGCUCGGCCUCAGCAUCCUCUGCCCUCUCUCUGUGUUCUAUUCUCGUCUCCCUGGUUGAGUUCGUCCUAAACCUGCCUUUUUUUGUCAGGGGCUGGUCGGCAGGCCGCCGUCGUCGAGCGUGCCCGUGCGGUUCUGUCCGCGGCGUCGCUCUCUCCCUCGACCUCACCGUCGUGCUGGUUCGAGCCUGCACGGCCGUGGCGACCAGGAAGGACUGACGCACGACGCCGCGACCUCCCCCUGGCCACCUCCGUCGCCCCAGGCCCCGGUAGUCGCCGUCGUCGAGGGCGGCCACGCAGCUCCGGCCCGGCGCUAAGCUCUCCUGCGACGUUGCCCACCGCGAGCCCGCCUACGCAUACGAGAAGACGAUGCCGAGCCUCUCCUUCGCACUCCCGCGUCGUCCUCCUGGCAUCCAAGCGCCACGAAUGCGAGUACUAUCGGAGAAGGAGAGGAUCGUGGUGAGGAUUUCGAAGAGGAAGGAAGAGCAGAGGUUCGUGGAGAAGAAGUCUAGGAACAAAUAGCCAACCAAGGAUGCCAAUGUAUACCCCUGCACCCGAUGGCUUGAUAAAUUUUGGACAGUUGCCAGCAAUGCAUCCUUAUAAUUUCCGACCUCCGCCAAUGCACCAUCGUGAAGAAGGAUACCAGAACAUGGAGAAUUUGCACUUUGUUGGUGCUUCCCCACAUGAUUCCUUUUCAACACCACCACCACCACCGCACCCUAAAGCUGCAUCGCGGUCAGCUCCUGCUCAAGUUGGUUCAACUUCUUCCAAAAGGAAAAGGAAGGCCAUUACUGUAGAUGAUGAUGAAUUAGGAGAAAGGACCGCAUAUCGUCUGACAUAUACACCCGACGAACAUGUCAGAUUGGCAUCUGCUUGGUUGGAGUGCUCACUUGAUCCUAUCGAAGGGAACGGAAAGAAGGGUGAGCAGUUCUGGGAUGACAUAGCUGCUCUAUACAGUAGUACCACAGCAAGUAACCGGAAGAGAGAUCGGAAUCAGUUGAAAAUGGAGUGGCAACGCACUAAGAAAAGGCUCGCUGCUUUCCAUGGUGAGUGGCUUGCUAUAAUUGGCAUAUAUCAUAGUGGUCACAACACUAAUGACUUGGAAAAAAUGGCCUUGGAGAAGUAUGAAGGCAAUUAUCACCAGCCUUUCCAACAUUUAACUAUGUGGGCAAAACUUAAGGAUGAUGGGAAGUGGCUAGCCUCUUACAACGACAUGAUGAAAAAAGCAGAGAAGAGUCCAUCUGUGGAGACCAAUCUCACAUCAAAUGAACUUAACUUGGAGGUUGAGAAGCGCCCAUCUGCUGGCCGUGAUAAGGCUAAGGCUGAACGUGCUGGUAAAGGCAAGUCGGGAGGGCUCUCACAGGAGCUUGGAGAAAGAUUGGACAAAUUCAUUGAGGUUAACAAUCAAUCGAUGGAGGACCGCCAAAAGGUGAUAGAUAGCCAGGUGCUUCUAUCAAAUCAACAGCUUGAAACCGCAAAGAUCAACAACAAGACCAAAAUGUUGGAUGUUUACAGCAAAAUGCUCUUAGCCGACACAUCUAAGAUGGAUGAUGGUGAAAAAGCCCAACGUUCUAAGGCUUUGAGUCGAAUGGAAGCCAUGUUGUUUCCUGGAGAUUCAGGUGAUCAAGGGGAAACUGAUGGUUCUGCUGCUACUGCAUGAAGAUGGAUCAUUUUAGUUUUUCAUGACUACUUGACUAGGUGAUCAAUCGCUUCAGUUUUUGUUGUGUGAACCUGAACUGGUUGGGCUACUCCAUGCACUAGGCGUUGGUGAACUUUUUUUCUAGAACCUUUUAAUGUGUGAACCUGGGAUCGGUUUCUACUCAAUUAUUGUAUGAACCUGAUGGAUCGGUUUCCCCUCCUCUCA